GAUGUACAUGUGAGACUGCCCGAGGUGGGGUACAAGGUAUUCUUAUAAAUAGGUAACAGAUAUUCUCGUUAGCUACAACAAAUGAUCAAGCGUCUGGUUGAACAAGACUAGGCAACAGACAGCCGAAACGAUUACACGACACCAUUCACGGCAUGGCAGAACUUGACUCGUUACUCCAACAAAAGAGUGGGUACGAUGUGGGACCAUUCCGUACGUACGUACGACCUGUACUGGCUGAGUUUGUAGGUACGACACUGUUUGUUUUCAUUGGCGUGCUGUCCGUACAGUCCGGUAAUCUGGCCUCUAUAGGCCUGGCGCAUGGACUGACCAUCGCGCUCCUCAUCAUGGGCCUCGGCAAAAUCAGCGGUGGACACUUUAACCCUGCUGUGUCCCUGGGAGUGUGUCUGUCGGGCGGUAUCACGGUCGUCCUCACAGUAGCCUACAUCGUGGCUCAGAUCCUUGGGGGAAUGAUUGGGGCAGCAUUCGUUAGGGCUAUACUUGAGGACAAAAUGUACAACGCCAUAGAUGGAGGAGCACAUAUCCCUAGCAUAGACGCCGGCUGGGCCGUAUUCGGGGAAAUUAUCCUAACAACAAUCCUCGUCCUCUCCGUCCUCAUGAACGCUGUAAACGAUGAAACAAAGAACGAGUUCGCCCCUUUCGCAAUAGGAUUUGCUGUAGCGGUAGACAUAAUGGCAGCGGGUAGUACGACCGGCGCAUCCAUGAAUCCGGCCCGAAGUUUCGGACCGGCAGUGGCAGCCUCGGCUGUCAUCAUGAAGAACCCGUGGCCCUACCACUACGUGUACUGGGUGGGACCCGCAGUGGGUGCAAUGCUAGCAGCCAUCUUGCAUAGAAUUUUCAAGCGGUAGACACUGAAAUGUGAUGUGUAAAAAUCGUCGGUGUUCAGCAUACAGUGCAAACCGCUCAGUUCGUAUGAUGAACAGGGUUUGGAGAGCAUCACUACAUACACAGUGGCAGUGGACAGUAAAGCCCGAAAGGCAUAGACCAAUUCAACGAGAAUCCAUAUAUGGCCACCCAGGGCGAUAGCAGAACUUCUAAUCGCAUUUAGCCAUGCUAAGAAACCUGUUGUGUUUAAGCCAAAAUUGCCAUUGCCACUUGUAUUUUUCUGUAUAUGUAUCUUGGUCAAUGGAUAUGUAAUGUGAAGAUGAUUGUCUACCAGCUUUAAACCGUCUACAAUAGUAUGCACACCGAUCUGUUUUGGACCUAUCCUAAUAAGCCAAUAAUUGCAUAUACUAGAAGAGAGGAAAGAAUCCCAAUGUCUAAAUAUGGCCAAACCUAAAUUAAUCCAUGGAUAAUUUUGCUUCCAAUAGCAUUCUCUUAUACUCCCCCUUACACAGGAAUCAUAUACAUUCUAAGUGAGUGUAAGGAACGAAUCAUCUGGGUAGAUAUCGGAACAUUUCUACUUUGUUCGGGACGCUUUGUGGUUUACCGUUAACGCCAGGAAGACAUGAGAGAUUUAACGAAUGAGAAUUUUAUAUAUUUCCUCUGCAUUACAUUAACAUUUAGUCGCAUGUUGUGGUGACGUCGACAUUAUGAACACACAUCAAGGUAUGUCCAAACACAUACCCUGUAGUUUGAUCUGAUAUCUUUGUGCAUGAUGCUAGUACCAAUCAUGUAAGAAGAUUGAUAUUUUACAUUAAAUAUAUUGUUAUGUAUUCCAUAUUGUUCAUAGUUUAUAUGAAGUUUUAAAUAAAAUAUUUUGAUGCAUA